GGGACCAGCCGAGUGAUCUCCAUAAUCUCUCCAAUCAGACCCCGCACACAUGCGCGCGUGAGGCGGACGCGGACGCGCGACGGGGAGGAGGCAGCGCAAGCGUCGCCGCCACCUCACUCUCCAUCCAUCUCGCACCCCAGCCCACAUCAUUCAACCCCGCCGCCCCCAAUCCCUCCUCAAAACCUGGCCGCCAUGGCCAACUUCUCCUCCUCCGCCGCCGCCGCCGCCGAGGAGGAGGAUCCUCCUCCGCCGACGCCGCCCCCGCCGCCCUGCGACGCGCAGACGCUCGCGAGAUGGUACCAGCUGGAGGCGCUGGAGCGCGCGGUGGCGGGUAACACGGUUGCGUUCCUGGAGACGGGCGCGGGGAAAACGCUCAUCGCGGUGCUGCUGCUCCGCGCCUACGCGCACCGCAUCAGCAGGCCGGCCUCCCGCUCCUUCGCCGUCUUCCUCGUCCCCACCGUCGUCCUCGUGGGGCAACAGGCGCGUGUCGUCGAGGCGCAUACCGACCUCCGCGUCGCGCAGUUCUACGGCGAGAUGGGAGUCGACUUCUGGAGCGCAGAUACCUGGCUCGCCGCCCUGCACGACGCCGAGGUGCUCGUCAUGACGCCGCAGAUCCUCCUCGACAACCUCAGGCACAGCUUCUUCCGGCUUCAGGACAUCGCGCUGCUCAUCUUCGACGAGUGCCACCGCGCGAAGGGAAACUCCCCCUACGCCUGCAUUCUUAAGGAGUUUUACCACCCCCAAUUGAAUUCUAGACCAUCGGAUCCUCUGCCAAGGAUAUUUGGAAUGACUGCCUCGCUCAUUUAUUCGAAAGGUUUGGACCGUGUCAACUAUUCCAAACAAAUCUCUGAGCUCGAGAAUCUCAUGAAUGCGAAGGUGUAUACUGUUGACAGCGAAUCAGCACUAUCUCAGUACAUACCAUUUGCCACCACAAGGAUAGUCCAGUAUGAUGAUUCCACCAUUUCAUCUGAGCUACAUUGUCGUAUUACCAGCUGUUUGAAUAGACUGUUAACCAAGCAUUUAGGAAGCCUUGUGGGAAAAUUACAUGGUUCGUCUUUGGGAAAUGCAAAGCAAAGGAUAUCAAAAUUACAUCAGGCGUUCUCAUAUUGCAUAGAUAAUCUAGGAGUAUGGCUGGCAGCAAAGGCUGCUGAGGUACAGUCAUACAAGGAAAGCUGCAUAUCCUUUUGGGGUGAAAAAUUGGAUGAACAAGUUGAGGGUUUUGUUAGAGACUACAGUGAAGAAGUAUACAGGGAGCUCUCACAUUUUUCAAAGAGGGGUCAGAUUGGUGAGGACCUCGCAGCUGAUUUGCAUGAUGGCCUAUUGACAUCCAAAGUUCAUUUUCUUAUCAAUUCUCUUCUGGAGUACAGGCAUGUACAAGACUUGAGAUGCAUUGUAUUUGUUGAGAGAGUUAUUACAAGCAUUGUAUUGGAGUCCCUUCUCUCCACUAUACAUCAAAUGUCCGGGUGGACUGUUAAAUACAUGGCUGGAAAUAGUUCUAGAUUGCAAUCUCAGAGUAGGAAAAAACAUAUGGAAAUUGUUGAUUCAUUUCGGAGUGGAAAGGUGCAUCUAAUUAUUGCCACACAAAUUUUGGAGGAGGGUCUGGAUGUGCCAAGUUGUAACUUGGUAAUUCGCUUUGAUCCAUCAGCAACUGUAUGCAGCUUUAUACAGUCACGUGGUCGAGCUAGGAUGCAAAACUCUGACUACAUUUUACUUGUUAGAAGAGGAGAUGCAGAAGCUCUUUCUAAGACAAAAAAGUAUCUCGCAAGUGGGCAAAUAAUGCGUGAAGAAUCUCUGAGAUUGGCACAUACUUCUUGUCAACCUCUUGAAAACACCUUAUGCGAGGAAGAAUAUUACUGUGUUGAAUCUACUGGAGCAGUUGUAACUCUUAACUCUAGUGUUCCAUUGAUUUACUUUUUCUGCUCAAAGCUCCCAUCGGAUGAGUAUUUUAAACCUCUACCAAGAUUCAAUAUUGACAAGGCAUUAGGUAUCUGCACCCUGCAUCUUCCCAAGAGCAGUCCCGUGCAGACAAUUCGUGCAGAAGGAGAAGGUUCUGUCCUCAAGCAGGUUGUUUGUCUCAAGGCUUGCCGGGAGUUACAUGCUAAUGGUGCUCUCACAGAUUCUCUCUUGCCAACGUUAGGUGUUCCAUGUGAAGAUGAACCUGACAUCGUUGUGGAGAGAUACAAACAUGAGCAGCCUGACUACUUUCCAGAACACUUAUUGGACAAUUGGUUCUCUUUUUCUCGUCUUGGCUUAUAUCAUUGCUACAAGAUCUCCCUGGAAAGGUGUUUUGGAACAACCACUUUUCCAGCUGAUGUAAUUUUAGCUGUCAAAUGUGACAUGGGAUCUGACUUCAUCUCUAACUCAUUUAAAUUGUGGGGUGUGCAAGGUGAUGUGAAUGUUACCAUGAAAUACAUGGGCAUCAUUCAUCUAACUAAAGAACAGGUAACUAUUGCUAGAAGAUUCCAGACAAUUAUUCUUUCUUUGCUUAUUAAUGAUGAGCAUUCAGAGGUCAGCGACCCUAUUAAAUACUUGCAUGAAGUAUCCAUUGGAGUUGUCUAUCUACUUCUUCCAUUAGUUUCUGGGAAAGUUGAUUGGUGCAGUAUGAAAUUCUCAGCCUCGCCAAUCUAUGAAGUUACUGACAAAGAUAUGAGGCACUGCCAUUCUUGUAAAGAUGUUGAUUUACUGCAGACAAAAGAUGGCCCUUUGUGCAGGUGCAUGCUUCAAAACUCUGUUGUCUGUACCCCACAUAAUAGCAUGUUUUAUGCUGUUACUGGGUUUCUUGACUUGAAUGCCAAUUCACUUCUGCAUCGAAAUGAUGGGAGUGUUGUUAGCUACAAAAUCCAUUUUAAGACUAGGCAUGACCUCAAUUUAACUUAUGAAGAUCAACCUCUCUUGGCUGCCAGUAAGCUUUUGAAAGUGCGGAACUUCCUCCAUAGGUGCCACUACAAAAAAGAAAAAGAAUGUAGUGGUAAGGAUGUUGUUGAAUUGCCACCGGAACUUUGCAGAGUUGUCAUGUCACCAGUCUCAGCAAAUACUUUGUGCACCUUUUCAUUUGUUCCUUCCAUAAUGUAUCGCAUCCAGUGUAUUCUUCUUUCCGUGAAGUUGAAAAACCAAUUGGGCCCAAGAAUGCACCAGUUUGACGUACCAUCAUUGAAGAUUCUUGAAGCUCUAACAACAAAGAAAUGCCAAGAGGAUUUUUCACAGGAAUCAUUAGAAACACUUGGGGAUUCUUUCCUUAAGUAUGUUAUAACUCAACAUCUUUUUAGAAAAUACAAUCUUCACCAUGAGGGCAUGCUAACCAAGAUGAAGAAAAAUCUUAUCUCAAACGCAGCUUUAUGCCAGCUGGCCUGCAAUAACAAUCUUGUGGGAUACAUUCGAAGUGCAGCGUUCAACCCAGAAACAUGGAUCAUUCCAGGGCUUGACUAUGACACAUGUGGCAACAGCAAAAUCUUCUGUGUGAGCCCCAAUAUGUACAGUCUGAGGAAUAUGUCUAUUAAAAGUAAGAGAAUAGCAGAUUCGGUUGAGGCCUUAAUUGGAGCCUAUCUUAGUGCUGCUGGUGAGAAUGCAGCCUUUCUUUUCUUAUUAUCUUUAGGAAUGGAUAUAGAAUUUCACAGUGAAAUGACAGUUGAAAGGAAAAUUACAACAAAGUCCGAAGAUUUCAUUAAUGUGAGAAGCUUGGAAACAAUGCUUGGUUAUAAUUUCAGUGAUCCUUCAUUGUUGAUGGAAGCACUGACGCAUGGUUCGUAUCAGAUCGCUGGUACUACUGCAUGCUAUCAGCGGCUUGAGUUUCUAGGAGAUGCUGUAUUGGAUCAUAUCUUCACUGAUUAUUUCUAUCAUCAGUACCCUGAAUGCACUCCAGGAUUGUUAACGGAUCUGAGAUCUGCUUCUGUGAACAACAAUUGCUAUGCUCAUGCAGCGGUUAAAGCAGGAUUGCAUAAGCAUAUUCUUCAUUCAUCAUCAGAACUGCACAGAAGGAUGGCUUACUACCUUGAGAAUUUCAAGCAGUCAUUUUCAGGUCCAUCACAUGGUUGGGAAGCUGGCAUUGGUCUACCCAAGGUCCUCGGUGAUGUAAUUGAAUCUAUCGCCGGUGCAAUUUAUAUUGACAGCAAGUACAACAAAAAGGUUGUCUGGAGAAGCAUGAAACGGCUGUUGGAACCUCUUGCAACCCCCAAGACUGUUGAGCAUGAUCCUGUCAAAGAGCUGCAGGAAUUAUGUGACCGCAUGUCUUACAGUAGGUCUUACACAGAAACUCAUGAGAAUGGAGUAUCGUCGGUGGUUGCAAAAGUACAGGCCGAAGGGACUACAUACUCUGCAACCAGGACGGGCCCCAGUAAGCUUGUGGCGAAAAAGUUGGCAGCCAAAGCUGUGCUCCAAGAUCUGAAGGCUGCAGUACGAUGAGGCACGCAGCAGUUGCAAAUGGUUCAUUAGUUGCAUUUCAGUUUCAUAUUUACGUCGUCGUUGGUUAUGUGGUUUGGAAUGUACAUACAUUGAGUUGCACAUCUGUAGUGUACAGGGGCAUACAUCUCUUAGGUUGCUGUACAGGUGCACGUACGAUAGGUUCUUUUUCUUCUACCUUUUGCUGCUUGUGUACAGAAACGUUUUGUUCUGGGUGGAAGGAAACUUUGGGUCAAGUGAAACUUAAAA